UCCCGAGUGUGAGAUUACAAUUUCCGAUAGCGCGUUAACGCAGCGCAGAUCUGCCUCCAUUUUGUCGGCCCGUUUCCGGGUUUCUGAGAAGGGACCGAUAAAACUGUGUCAACGGGGAGUAUGGCUCUGCUUGCGGGUCAGGAGUGCGGGUAAAGUUUUCCGUAGCGACCCGAAACUGCUAAAAAAAAGUGACUCCUGGACGCUUUCAGCAGCCUGUUUUAUGCGCUACGCUUUAGCAAAGAAGUGUAGUUGACAUAAUUUACAGCCAGCCGGACUGCGCUGACACUGACAGCUGGAAAGUAAACAGCUCGAUGCUAACCAGCUAACUGCGGCUAGCCCAGCUCUAACCGCCACUAGCUGAGCUGGUAAACCGUCGAGAGCGAGCUAACGUUAGCCGGCUAACCUGGGACUGAUUUUUGGUGGCGUUAAGUUACAUCACCAGGAUCUGCCAGCACCCUCCUGCUCCACCAGAGGACUGCCACAGCGACAACUCUCCAUUCAUGUUGUUUAGGAGGACCAGACAACCCGACCUUCUCUUCUUCGAGCCAGGGAGUCAGCGAGCGUCGUCCCAGCUGAGACGGUGAAGUCACCGGUCCUUACCCCACACAGAGAGGUGCCAACAGAGGGACAGGAUGCCGAUUCCUCCCCCUCCCCCUCCUCCCCCAGGCCCCCCGCCUCCCCCCACCUUCAGUCAGGCGAACACGACUCCUCCCAAACUGAGCUCGUCGGUGGCAAAAGGCAGAGGAGCGCUGCUGUCGGACAUCCAUAAAGGCGCCAGGCUAAAGAAGGUCGGCGUGGUCAAUGACCGGAGCGCCCCGAUUAUAGAGAAAUCUGGAGGUGGUGGCGGCGGCGGCGGAGGUGGAGGUGGAGGUGGAGGUGGAGGUGGUGGUUUUGGAGGCGGAGGACCGAUGGGAAUGGGAGGCCUUUUCCAAGGAGGUGUGCCAAAAUUACGCCCAGUUGGAGAUGGUUCAGCCGGUGGUUCGGUGGGCAGAUCUGCCCUGCGGCCCCCGGGGGCCCGACCAGCAGCCCCUCGCCCCCCCACGGGGCGCUCCAGCUCACCCUCCCCACCCGCCAAGCCGUCUCCAUCAGAGCAGCCGCGCUCCCACCGCCCGUCGCUCCCCGACAUCUCCCGCCCCAACAGCGGCUCCUCCACAGGCAGCGGGAUGAAGCACAGCACCUCGGCCCCGCCUCCUCCUCCACCCUUCAACAGAGGCGGCCGUGGCAACGCUCCACCGACCCCCAAUCAGAAAAUGUCCUCCUCAUCAUCCUCUCACAGCCGGGAGAAGCCCCUCCCACCGACCCCCAAUAGAGGCCCCGCCCCUCCCAACUCUGUGAAGCCGCCAUCAUCUUCCAGCAGACCGCCAACGGGAGGCUCUUCAGCUCCUCCACCUCCGCCACCCUACAGGCCACACUCAUCGGGCGGCGUCUCUAAUGGGCCGUCCCACGUGGACGGCGGCGGAGCUCCGGAGCUGCCACAGCGGCACAACUCCCUGCACAAAAAACACUCAUCUGGAAGCAGCAGCCAAGGUCGCAGCCACGCUCCACCCCCACCCCCGUCACCGUCUCCAUCCUCCCAGCAGGGCAGCAGACCGCCACCACCAGCCAGAGAGCCACCUGGACGCAGAGCAGCUCCCCAGGUGCCCCCUCUCGGGUCUCGUAACGGCGGUCGGGACGCCCCUCCUCCCCCGCCGCCGUACCGCGUCCACAGCUCUGGGUCCUCAGAGCCCCACAGCCGAGGAGGCAAACCGCCUCCGCCUCCCUCCUCUUCCUCCGUCACAUCAUCAUCAUCCUCCUCCUCCCGAACCCCGGCUGGACCCCCUCCACCGCCCCCGCCCAUCAGGAACGGCCACUCCUCCAUGUCCUCCUCCAAGUCCAUCAUAGAUGAUUUUGAAUCCAAGUUCAACUUCCACCCGAUUGAGGACCUUCCCCCUCCGGAGGAGUACAGGCAUUUCAACAAGAUCUACCCCAGCAAAACCAACAAGGCCAUGAUGAGAGGAGCUCCUCCAGCCCCUCCGGUGGGCAGGUGAACACACCUCAGCUCAGGACUUGAACUCUCAGUCGGCCGACUGGACGGACGGUCGGGACGGGACGGGACGGGGGAGUGGUGAAGAAGCACUCGAAUCACAAACACACUACGACACACACUCACACUCACAGAAACACAUUAACACUAAACCACCAGCUGGAAGCACAGUGGCAAAGUAAAAACACUACGUUGUGCACGACUCAGCGGUCACCUUCUGUCUUUGCACAAGAGAACAAAAACCACUCAGAGGCGAGAAAACAGACUCGACCUUUGUGACCGAGACACCUCGACUUCUCCUCUGCUGACCGGACGUGGAGGCUUCUGUUUGACACGACAUAUCAGGACCAAACACUUCCAGACCUAUGCAUUCCAUCUGUUGUUUUCAAUGCAUAUUCAUGAUGAUGAUGAUGGUGAUUUUGAACAUCUUUUGAUUUUUGUUUUGAUUUCAUUAUUUUGGUGUCAGCAUGAAAUUGUGGGGGAGAAUUUAAGACUACAAACAGAAACUGACGAUGAAUUUAUGUUCCCAGUUACACUUCCCACUGAUAAUGCCAUGAAUGUGGGGCUUAUUGACGGUUGUUAUUAUUAUUUUUAUUUUUUUUGGUUAGUUUUUGUCUAAAUCAGACAUUCCAGCAGUGCCAGGUGAAGGUGCGUUUGAAUCAUAUCUCUGUCAGUGUGCCAAAAGCGGGUGGAGUCAGAUGAACUGCACAGAGUGAAGACGGCUUCCAUACAUUCUUUAUAUAUAACUGACUGGAGAGCUGCCAAGUAGUGACAGAAACCUCGCCUGGUUGUUUAUUUCUCCAUUUGGAGUGGAACUGGUUCCUGCUUCUUCUCUUUCUGUGCUCCCCACCUUCCUUUUACUUGGGGGUGCUUAUAUUUCCAUCUUCAGGUAAUGUUGCACAGCAGCUUAAUGGAACAAGUUCACCCAAAAAAGUGAAAAUUCAGUCAUUAUGUUCUGUAACUCUGACGCUGGUGUGAAGUCAGGUGACGUCUCGUUGUUCAUGAAUUAUUUCUGGAGCUUCACAGUAAAACAUCACUGCAGCAUUCAGCUAAACGACUGAAGCGGCUGGAGACUUGAUUUCUUUUAAUGUCAUUUUUUAAGAUCGAUACGAAGAAGAACUGUUUGAAAAGCAUUUUGUCUCCUGUUGGUAGCCGGCUUUGUUUGUGUUGCACAAGUUUAAUGCUUUUAUUGUGAAGCUGCAGCAUUGGGAAAUGUUCAGUUUGCAUUAGCGCCUCAAAGAUGACGAGUGUCUGAGAGUGUUGUGUUGUUAUUAGCUUAUUAGUCGGUGGGGAAAACCUCUAAUUCAAUUACAAAUUUAUUUUGUUGAAAUGUAAUUUUCUCCUGAGGGGUCGAGCUUGUGGACCUUCAGACUCUUUAAGCUGAACGGUGUGAAUGUUGACUUGAAUCACACCUGAUGAGCUAAGCAGCCAUUUUAUGUUUCCAGUUGAUUAUUUUCCAGUCUAGAAACUGUGAAACUUCACCCGACUUUACAUCAAUAGGCAGAUGUAAACAUAUCAACUGAAUUUACAUUUUUGGGUAAACCGUUCCUUUAACUGCUACACCGAGACACUGUGCAUGAUGCUUGUUUGUGCACCUGAUCAGGAUUAUAUUCAUGUUCAUGUGACAAAAAUCCAGAGGGGUCGUCCCUCAUCGUUCCCUGAUGUGUCUGACAAACUGUCGUUGACACCGCCAGCAUCUGCAGGCCGACUCUGAAGCACGAUGUGUUGACUGGACCAGGUGUUGGACUUGGCUGCAGGUUUGCAGUGCAGAGUUGUGGACGUGUUUUUAUAAGGGAUCAUUUAUCAAGUCGGUCUGAAAGCUCAACUCUGUUCUGAAUCCAUCUCUUUACUUUUGCUGCUGGUGGACGUUGUGUUUUAGUUUUUUCUUUUGUAGAGACGGACUGUACGGCCAGAGAGAGUGUGAUGUUUAAUUGCUAUGCAAAGGAGCAGUUUGUACAGAUUGUAGUUGGUAGCAGCUAACCAAAAAAAAAACAAAAGGAAAAAAAAAAAGAAACACUUAAGUGCCAGAGAACUGUCGGAGCAGAUGGAGGAUCUUUACUACACUUUUUUCUUUAAGCUUGACUUUAAAAACACUAAUUAUAUCUCAGUCAAACUGCGAUGCCAUGCAGCAUGAAUGGACAAAAAGACGUUCAGCUCAGACUGUCAUUCCUCAGUGACGCAGCGCCUCCUGCUGGUCUUUGCCUUACACUAAACACAUCGGUUGUCACUCUCAUCGGUACCAGUGCUCUUUACUUUGUUUUGUUUGUUUUUUUAAGGUGGGUAAGAUGAUGACAACAGAGUAAAUAAGAAACGAGUUUAUUUGAAAAUGCAAUAAAUAUUGUAUAUUUACAUUAAGGAAUAUGGUAAUCAUAGUUAAUGAUCUAUUUUUAUGUUGUAAAAAGCUUGUAAUAUAGGAAAGAGAAAUGAUUAUAACGAUGUUCCAGUCGGUGAGCUUCGGUCUGAUAGAGCGGACUCUCUGUAGCACUUCUCUGGAUGUUUGGCCAAAAGGGUGAACGAGCUGAAUGGAUGUGUGAGGGUUUAUCAACGAGCCAACACGUUUCUGGGGAUCCUGUUUGUAAAGAUCGGGGAGCUGUAGUGACGACACACAGCGACAACAGCAACACUUCCAUUCUCACCUGGUCACACAGGUGACCCGACACGUUCGUCUCCUCCUGUUCUCACCUCAAACCCUGUGGUCAUUUCAUGUUAAUCAACCAUGUUUUUAUCAUUUGAAAUAAUUUCAAAUAAAUAUGUGGGAAAAAGGGUAA